AUGGGCAGUUCGUCCAUCCUGGGUCAUCGAUACGCAAGACAGGCCGAUACCAUGGCAAAACUGCGAAGGCGUGAUGCCCUUGACGAUCCCGUCAUCUGCUCCCAGCUUGCCCCCAUCGUACGACACGCCAUGUCACUUACAUCUAUGAUUGGAGAGCGGUACCUUUGGGUUGACGCCCUUUGCAUCGACCGUUCUCGGGCUGCCGAGAGCACAGAGCAACUUCAACUCAUGGGAGCCAUAUAUGCGAACGCCUCCUUGACCAUCGUCGCCUACGACGGCGAUGCCGAAGACGGUUUCCCUGGUAUCAGAGGCGCCUCGACUAGCAGAAACCUGGAAAGAUGA